ACCACCAGUACUAUUACCAGCACCACCACCACCAACUCGACAUCGUCAUCGGCACCGACCGGAUUUUGUUGCAGUCGCUCUUCGAGCCGCGAGCAAGGCCGAUAUCUGGUCUGCCUUAUCUGGACAGAACAACUAGUUUUGGCAUUUGAGAAUUGACGUUUGGAUUCUGUCCAAGAGGCAUCCUCGCUGGACCGUGCCAAUGUCGUCUACUACCAUGCGAUCGGCGGAAGCAUGCAGGCACCGUGCCAGAGAACCGAUUCGCGUCUUUUUCUUCCCUUCAUCGACCGGCCUGUGCCAAGGCCAAGCAAGAAGCAGAAGCCACUGAGAGAAUACGGCCGAUUGUGCCUUGGUACAGAAAACCAAAGUAACGUUGUGACAGCGGAAAUAUGCACCGAGACACGCGGUGGACUUCCGCUUUUGCAAGUAUGGCCAAGCGAUUCGCCGAGACGCGAGGUGGAUAGUCAGGAACAAGCUUUCGUAUUUCCGGACGUUCAAGAAAACGUUAACGACAGUGGAAUCGAGUCCAUCCAGGCAUCUCCGUCACCGGGUAAAGCAGCUUGCAACAGUCCAGCGACUACACCACAACAAUCUCGUCGCGCGAGUCUUUUGCAUCCGGAUCACGCGAGGCUUCAUCUGCACCAUUCACAUCACAAUCACCAUAAUUCAGGCUCGAAGAGUCCUCCGACUCAAGAUAGAACGUCGAUCGACGAGGAUCCGCCCUCGGUACCUCCGAGCCCUUCUAGUACGACGACGAGUAGUCUCCGAUCGAUGCCGAGUUCAGCGAUCGCAUCUAUGCAUUCUCAGGACAGACGGCGUAGCAGCAGAUACAGCAUGUUCGAUGCUCUGGACUUGGAAUAUGCUCUUUUAAGAGCCGCUGCUAGGGGUUCGGUAGGACCCUAUUCUCUUUCAGAAUCCCUGCACAAGUUGACGUUCACUCAAAGCCUUGCUUUUCCCGCCUUGGCUCGUGGUCUUGCUUCGAAACAGAGCGUACCUACCAGAAGACCUCAACAACAUGCAGAAAGUGGACUUAAUGUCUUCGCCAAGGUUGUUACCGCUCUGGUGUUGAUGUUAGUCAGCGUGUUGGUGUUUGGUGUAGUUUACAAAUUCGCUAGGACGUGAGGAUGGCUAUUGGUACCCGAUCGACAUCCUGGCUCCAGUCAGGACUUUAAUCGGCCGGGUGCCAACGAGCCUUACGACGAUAAUGCCUGAUCGAUUUUAAUGUCAGGAGUUUGCCAAAAGAUCUCUCUUUCUUUUUUCCUAUUUCUCUCUUUCUCUCUCUCUCUCUCUUUCUCUUUAUCUAUCUCUUUCUCUCUCUUCGUCAAUUGCAUUUCUUUUUUUCAAUCCAUUCGAAAAUCUAGCCUUCCUUUUCACCAAAGAUUCGAUGUAGAACGAAUUAUUGGCGACUUUUGACAUGAAUCGAGCAUUAAUUGUAUCCAUAAGGCCUUGUUAACAAAAAAGCAAAAGUGAUAAUUAAUCGGUAUGACCGAUUUCUUUCCUCUUUUUUUUUUUUGUUUUGUUUUGUUUUCAUCUUCCGUGCAAAAAUAUUAUCUACUAGUCGAUUUAAAUGAGAUUCGACGUGGAAUUUCUUUCGUGAAGAAAUUCAUGGUAUUCGUUAAGAUUUCGAUCGAAUGGCGAAUGGUAUGUAUGAUAUAAAGAAAAUAAUUGGAAGAUUUCAGCGUCCUUGAAGAAGAAAAUGAUUCGAGUUCUUGUCGGGGACGAUGCGUACGUUCUCGUUUUCGAUUUUAUCACGAUUCGGACAAGGUCCUCGUAUUGGAGCCUUCCCCUCUUGGUUAGUGAAUUUUUUUGCAUAAAAAAUUAAAAGCGUUGGCUUUUGGACGAUCGCGUGAGAAUGAUUAUGAAAAGAAGAAAAAGAAAACGGAUUUAAAAGAAAUGAAAAGAACAGUCAAGGGACAACUCAAUCAUCUUCAUUGCUUUGCAGUGCCUUGUCCGUGCAUGUUCGCAUUGAGAUUAGGAAUGUGCACGCGUACACGCAAAAUAUUAUCACAAAGAGAUACAAUCCCAAAGGUAAUAAAAAAAAAAGAAAAUAAUAAUAAUAAUAAUAAUAAUAAUAAUAAUAAUAGUAAAAUGAAACAAAAUGGAAUAGAAUUCUUCAAGUGCUUUAUAGUUUAUACGAUUACUUCUUGAUGACAAUCGCACGGAACGCGUUAAUGCGCCUUCGUCAUGCAAAUUCUAAAACAUAUUACACGUCGAUUUCAAUAAGGUAUUAUCGUGUGCAUGUGUACGUUUCUAAAUAAACGUGAAAUCUUUUUUUCUGUGUCUCCAAGUAAUAAAAAAUUUAUCGAUUAAAGAAAAAAAUGAAAAAAGAUAAAAAAAAAUACCAAAAACAAAAAAAAACGAAAAAGAAAGAAAGAAAGAAAAAAAAAAGAUAAGCGGGAUCGGUCAAUGAUAAUUAUAUAUAACAGAAUGUCACAAAAUCGAUCCGAUGUAUAACGAAACAGAUUAUCUUUUUAAUAAGAGAUUAAAAUGAAUCGGCAAAAGAACCGAAAUUAUUGAGAUACCACAAUGAUACCACAUAUGAUACCACAAUUAUCUAUAUGUACAUAUAAUAAUACACUUUUCAUGAAUGUACAGGGUGAUGUGAAAGUACGUACACAUAUUUAACAGGAAAAAAAUUGGAGAAGAUUUCACGAUAAGUUUAAAGUAAUUCAAUCGAUCGUCGACAUCGUUAUUAACAAGCAUAACCUUCGAGUUAUACUAUCGACUAAUUUGAUCUCUCGCUGAAAAAUCAAAGAGAAGGAAAAAAUAAAAUAAAGUAGUAGAAGAAAGAAGUAUCCCCUGAAGAAUAUUAUUUGACAUUUAUCUUUCGCUUUGAUGAAUCAGCAUCGUUCUAAUCCCGAGUAAAUUUGAUCGCAAAUUAUUAGAAUGGAUUUUUAAAAAAUGCCAGAGAAAGGAAGAUCAAGUUUUAUCAGGAGGAGAUCGAAUUUUCAAAUACAUGUCUUAUAGAAUCAAUACAUACGUUAGAUAUAUCUUAUACAUAUAAAUAUGAUAUUAUUAUUAUACGGCUGCUAUUUAUUUGGUCAUUAUUUUCAAUCGUUUUUAAUCAGUAUUUAAAAUAAAUGAUUAGUAUUUAUAAUAUGAUAUCAGUACGUAAUAUAAGUGAUUAAUAUUACGCCAAUUAAUUACAACAAAUAUUUUCAAUAUUUUAAUUAAAACAUUUGUAAAUAUAAUAAUCUGUCUGUAUCUUAAAUAGAUGAUCAGUAUUUAUAAUAAACCCAAACGCAAUCCUGACAUUUAAUUAUUUAUAUUGACAAUUUCAUUUUGUACUGAUAUUUUAUUAUAAAUGCUGAUCAAAAUAUUCAUAUAUACCGACCAUUUAUUUAACAAAAUACUUACCGUAAAUUAAUAAAAAAUAUCGACCAAAUAAAUAGAAGUGCUCUUUUACAAAGAUGUGUCAUGACCCAUAUUACACGACACAAUGCUUUGUACAAAGCAACGAAAUUUUUAAGUAAAGAAAUUUUCGUAAAAUCUCUUCUCUUGACGACAUCGCUACUCUCUUUAUCUUGUCGGUUUUAUCGUUAUCGUGUGUGAUAAUAUAAUAGAAAUAUAUUCUUUUUUAGAACGUCAUUUUAAAGAUAAUUUUAAUUUUUAACGUAUUAUUGAAUACAGUUAAGUAUUGUUUUCUUGAAAUCUCUCUUCCUUUGUGUAUCUUUAAUAAUGGGGCGCACUUAAAAGUGAUAAUAAAAUUAUAUGCGUUAUCGUGUCUUGAAAAAUCGCUCGAACAUAUAAAAUACUAUCACAAAGCUCUAACUUUAAAAGACAUAUUUAAAAAUCGAAAAUCUUAUCGAACGAGGUAACUUGGAGAACAUUGAAAUUAAAUUUCACUGUGCCAAUAUCCUGCCUCGUUUAUAAUCGAUUACGUUGUUGUUGCAAUGACGUUGCUUCGAUACAUAUAUAUAACAUAUAUAUAUAUAUGUUAUAUAUUAUUAUAAAUAACAAUAUAUAACGUCAUAAAAAAAUCUCGAGCAGGCUUUGCUUCAAAAAUCGAUACCCAUCCCCGCAUUUAAAAAAAAAAGAAGCGAAAGAAUGUUAUUUUUUCUUUUUUUUUUUUUUUUUCUUUUUUCUUUUUUUCUAACAUAGAAAGACUAGGUCUUGAAGUUUCGUUUCUGCGACGAGUUUUACAAUUAGGCAUAUUCUUUUUACUUAAUUGGCCUCGAUUGGAUAAUUCAAAUGUGCGCAAAAAAUAUUAAGUGCCACGUGAUCCAACAUAGAGGUAGGUAAUAAGUUCUUAGAUUAAUGACAAUCAAUGCGCAACAUCAAUUUUAAAUGGCUUUACCUUCGCAACGAGACAUUAUAGAGAUUUCAAUGAUAUAUCAUUUUAGCUCGUUGAUAUUUUUCUACAAAUUCCACAUAAAUAUGUUUAUAUGUUUACCAUGUAACGACGAUAUCAUUUAUAUGUUAGAAUAAGGAAUUGUAUCUUAUAAUAACAUUAAACAGAAAUUGAAUCUCAAA